AUGACGGAGGUGAAAGUCGAUCGAGAUGAGCACGAACGGAAAGUUGUUAAUGAAUUUUGUCAUUUAUUGGAGAAAUCAAAGCAGCUGUUUAAUGGCCUUAGGGACUUGCCGCAGUAUGGCCACAAGCAAUGGCAAUCCUACUUCGGCCGGACAUUCGACGUUUACACAAAGCUGUGGAAAUUUCAGCAGCAGAAUAGGCAAAUUCUCGACUUGAAGUAUGGACUGAAGCGAUGGCAAAUCGGCGAGAUGGCUUCCAAGAUCGGGCAGCUGUAUUAUCAUUAUUACUUGAGAACCAGCGAGACGAAUUACCUCAACGAAGCGUUCUCGUUCUACUCUGCCAUCAAGGCCCGCGCGUACUACUCCAAGGCGACGCGGGAAGACAGCAUCUCUGGCAGGCCAGACUUAAUGGUGAAGAAGCUGCGCUACUAUGCGAGGUUCAUCGUUGUCUGCCUGCUGCUGAAGAAGAUGAAGAUGGUGCGGGAACUAGUCAGGGAGUUGUCACGCCAGAUUGAGGACUACACUGCCACCUAUGAGCCAGAUGAUCAACUAGAGUGGUCGCUAGUACUAGGUGAAAUCAAAGGCUUUGUUGAGGCUGAUAACUUGGCAAAAGUAUUAGACACAGAUCUGAAUGCUCUUGUGUUGACACAUCGACUUAGCCCGCUCAAUCUGCCACCUAUUGAGAAGGGAAUGCCCGUUCCAUUCACUCUGCAAGAAAUACUUAUUAUAGGAAAUUGUGCUGAGCAGAUCAAAUUCAGCGAGUUGACGUUGGACAUGUACAGAAUGUUGCAGACGUUUGAGAGGGAGCCCCAGGAGGAGGUCAGCCCGCAGAUGUUUGACCAGUCCCCCGCGCCCGGACGCCCACCGCUCGUAAUACGUCAGGACACAGAUGGGAGAUUAGGCAAAAGAGACAACCCACACAAAUACCUGCUAUACAAGCCCUCGUUCAGCCAGCUAUUCGUAUUCCUAGCGUCAGGUUUUAAAGAGCUUCCGCCUGGGGGAGCCAUGUGCGUGUAUCUGUCUGCAGAUGGCGCCAGCGGCUCAGGAGCAUUGAAACCUUCCCCGGACAUGGCAUUUGACUAUGGCGGUAUCAGCUGCUCCUCAAAGAAGGAACCUGAGCACAUAAUCAAGAAGCCUGCAUCAAUAAAGGACAUGCAUUGUUUACACCCAGGCGAUCUAUAUCCGUUCUCUCGGAAGCCCCUGUUUCUAAUCGUCGACAGCGACAACAGCAGCACAUUCCAACACAUGCCAAACCUCUUUGGCCAGCCUUUAGUGAUUCUCAUGUCUCCCGAGCAAGUGCCAUCAAAUAUACAUGAGCAACGACACCGCGGCAAUCUCUUCACACUGUUCCUACACAGUCCGCUGACAGCUUUCUGCUACGUAUGCGGCAUCAGCGAGAUACACAUAGAGCUGUGGGACAAGGCGCAGGCCGUCAUACGAAAGAUGUUCGUCGAGAUAAGCCGUACGGUUGCGCACUCGCGCACGUUAGACACGUCGUACCUGCAGUUCUAUGGCGACGACUUUCUGCGCCUCGUCAUCCUGCGCUUCAUCUUCUGCUGCAACGUUGUCUACCUGCACCGGGGCUUUAAGGGAUUCACGCCGCUGUGCCAGCCUCCGAUUCCGCGCGACGAGUUCCUCGACAACGUCGCUCUCCACCGAUACGUGUUUGACCUCGCCACGAUGCUGAACGUGCGAUCGCAGCUGCAGGAGGAAAGCGGAGUCGGCGGAUAAUCGCGAGACGACGCUAGGCGACCCGCGCUGGUGUGCUGACGACGCGGCACGGCGGCCGCUUCUACGCUCGCGAAGAGACGUACGCGUUUCCGACGUGCGCGUUUCCGUGGCCUGUUGGUGCGGUUUAGACGCGGACGACUUGGCGUCGGGUUGUCGCGCCGGGUUGGGGUGGGGCGCGCGGUCUCACGCAGUGAGAGUCACGCUCUGUUCGACGCUGUAACGAGAUUCCAUCGUUAGCCCCUCAUCAAGAGUCUGUCUCCCACGCGGUAAUCGUCGAGGCACCGUCCGAGUCGCCGAGUCUGGCGCGCAUUCUCGUCGGAGGCGAAGGAUGUUGGCGACGGUGAGGGGCGGCGGCAGUCUAAAGUCAGGCCGCACGUGCUCAGGCGGUGGCAUGCUCGCGACGCCCCCUGGCGUCGGCCCGUCACCCGACUCGGCCACUCGCGGCAUCUGCGUUGUACAAUGCUCACUCUUCGCUGAGAUGUUACUGGAAGGUUGCGACAUUUCGGGGUGGGUUUGCUGUUGUCAAAUGCGUGGCACCAUGUCGAAUCUUGCCAACGUAGCGAAGGAAGGAUGGUAUCUCUCUCUCUCUCUCUCUCUCUCUCUCUCUCUCUCGCUCUCUCUUUCUCUCUCGUGUUGCAACCCUCGUCGGCAAACUCCCACCGCCACGUCACGAAGCAAGAAGUCAUAAUCGUGCGUUUUAUUUCUUGGUGAUUCACACGUUCACGAUGCGCUUCGUGCACACGUAGCUCUACCUGUGUAGCCGCUUCGCUCCCGCUACAGGGGGGUUCCCGUAAGCAGAAGCAAACGGGCUACACUGGUAGAGAGAGCUACGUGUACCGAAACUAGAGCGUGGGUUAAUGGCGUCUUCGUUCAUUCAUAUCAAAUAUGAAUGCGACGCCAUGUCUCGCACCGUGUGUUCGUGUGCAUUUCUCUUAUUGGCAAAAGCUCUUAGCCAUGUACGUGUCUGAGAGUUCCCCAGUAAUAACAACUCCGCGGGGAGACGUUGAACCCUGCGAACCGCAUUAUUUCGGUUGUGAACGAAGUGAACAGUACUUAAUAUUUUAAAAAACUGCCUCCGACCAAAAUCUGCAGUAGCGGAUGCCGUAUACACGAAAGCGUUAUUUUUGCGUUAUACUGCAGCAGACCUACAUUCCCAACGAUGGGCAGCGUGUUUUCUAGUUGGUUAUGAACCGAGGUGGAUUUGUCAUGCUGUUUGUAUGUGUGGUUGUUUAGCAAACGUCUGACUGUACGGUACAGCACCUGCGAUGCGUAUGUAGUCAGUCGGUUGUCCCCUGCUGUUAUUGUUAAAUGUUUUUGCUCACUUCUCUGAGGUGUGCAAUUAUAUAUCUAAAGAGGAAACACCGCACGCGUAUCUUUGCUCCAGUGAUCACUUGUGCCUGACUCCUCGCUAUGCAGAUUUGUCUUGCGCUAAAAAACAAGUGAUCGUGUCUGGGCAAAGUGCUGAUUUACAGCUAGUAUAGGUUACGUGAAUAGUAUGGUAUACUGUUGUUAGUAACAUUCCCCUUGUGUCCUUAGACCUAGUAGAUUGUUGAUAGGCUAGUUUCACCCGAGUUUGUCCCGUUAUCGGUACGUACUGUUAUGGUCGUUGAAAUUUUAAUUAUGGCUGAUUCUGGUAGCACGCAGUGGUCGCACUGCUGGACAGGAUAGAGGUACAUUCCUAAUUAUACGCCGCGUAUGCUACAUUCCAGGUUUAUUAACGCUCAGGCGUGUGUCUGUGUGUAUGCGCGCGCGCGUGCGUGCGUGCGUGCGUGCGUGCGUGUGUGUGUGUGUGU